UAACUUCACCAUCUCUACAAAAUUAGGGUUUUACAACUCGUUCGUUCAUCAAGAAGCUGCUACCAAUUUUCAUCGUUGCAGGCGACAAUGAUUUACGACGUCAACUCUCCGUUGUUCCGUUCCUUCCUUAGCCAGAAAGGAGGCUCAUCUGAUAAGAGGAAAACUGAGGAGCAAAGGCCAAAGGAGCACAAGCCGAAAGCUAAUGAAAACAAACCAGUCAUGAAUGAGUAGUGAUGUUUACUCAACUAAACACAUGUAAGGUGUAGGCUGUUUUUUUUUUUUGCUUUUUUCCCAUGGAUUAUGAUUCGACUGUUAUGAAGUCACUAUCAUCCUUUGACUCUUGUUUCUAUCGAGUAUCCUUAGGUAAAAUGUUGUCGUGUUUGUUUGAAAAAAAUGAAAGCAGAUAAUGAUUUUGCUAAUAAAAACAGAUUUUGAAUGAUU